UCUUUCUCUCUCAAGAGAAGAGAUCAGACUCAGAGAUCAUCGAAACCUCCAUUAAUUUGAAUAGGCCUCUCUAAAACCUAAAUCUUCUUCCGAUCGAUCCUGGAAUUAAAUUGAAUUUCUCUUUGAUUGAUCGAUCGAGAUUCAAUCUAUUAGGUAGUUUUGCUUCGAAGAAAUUCUAAGAAUUUUCAAUUUUUUUGAUCUAAUAGAUUUCCUGAACUCCUUACAAGUGAACAAUCAUGGCUAUAAGUUGCUGUUCUAGCCUUUCGAUCACGAUUCCGGUGAUCGGAUUUCGUGAUGGUGGUCUGUUUAAUCCACAAUUUAUUCGUCUUGGAGUUUCUUAGCAGUGGUCGCUGACUCUGUAAUGCAAACUCAGUACGAAUUUGAGCAGAAGAAGAAGAAACUGAGACGAGCGCGAUCGUUGUCUUCCGAUAUGCCUGUAACUGAUAGCACCAUCCAGCAAACCACGGAUGAUUGCUUCCUUUUUCCUGUAGAAGAGAUUGUUCAGUAUCCUCUUCCCGGAUAUGUUGCUCCUUCUUCUAUCACCUUCAGCCCAGAUGAUAGCUUGAUUACGUAUCUUUUUAGCCCUGAUAAUACUCUGAAUAGGAAGGUUUACGCCUUCGAUCUAGAAACAUGUAAGCAAGAACUUGUUUUUAGUCCUCCUGAUGGAGGACUUGAUGAAAGUAAUAUAUCCCCAGAAGAGAGGCUGAGGAGAGAAAGGUUGAGAGAGCGUGGUUUGGGAGUGACACGUUACGAAUGGGUGAAGUCUACCUCCAUGAAGAAAACCGUUAUGGUGCCUUUGCCUACUGGGAUCUAUUUCCAGGAUCUAUCUUGUCAUAAGCCAGAGCUUAAGCUUUCGAGCGGAUCAUGCUCCCCGACGAUUGAUCCACAUAUUUCUCCAGAUGGAAGUAAGCUUGCAUUUGUGAGAGAUGAAGAGUUGCAAGUUUUGAAUUUGCUGUACGGAGAACCAAAACAAUUAACAUUUGGUUCCAAGGGAAAUGCCUUGACUCAUGGUCUUGCUGAAUAUAUAGCUCAGGAAGAGAUGGAUAGGAAAAAUGGCUUCUGGUGGUCACCAGAUAGCAAAUGGCUUGCAUUUACAGAGGUGGAUUCAUCUGAUAUACCCCUUUUUAGAAUCAUGCAUCAAGGCAAAAGCUCUGUUGGUUCAGAUGCACAGGAAGACCAUGCUUAUCCUUUCGCAGGAACGUCAAAUGUCAAGGUUCGUCUUGGAGUGGUUCCUACAUCUGGGGGUCCUGUUACUUGGAUGGACCUUCUGUGUGGAGGAGAGGACGAAGCAAACAUAGAUGAAGAGUAUCUGGCCCGAGUCAAUUGGAUGCCUGGAAACAUUCUCACUGCUCAGGUUUUGAACAGGUCACAUACAAAAUUAAAGAUCCUUAAGUUCGAUAUUAAGACAGGCCAAAGAAAGGUUAUAUUGGUGGAAGAGCAAGACCCAUGGGUUAAUCUACAUGACUGCUUUACACCUCUGGACAAGGAAGUUGAAAGAUUAUCUGGGGGAUUUAUUUGGGCUAGUGAUAAAUCAGGGUUUAGGCAUCUUUAUCUUCAUGACACUGAUGGAGCUUGCUUGGGACCUAUCACGCAGGGUGACUGGAUGGUUGAGCAAAUUGCUGGUGUGAAUGAGGCUGCAGGGCUUGUAUAUUUCACUGGAACUGCCGAUGGACCUCUGGAAUCUAACCUAUACUGCACUAGCCUGUUUCCUGAUUGGAGCCAACCCUUGCAGGCCCCGCAAAGGUUGACUUGUGGAAAGGGAAGACAUGUGGUUGUGCUUGAUCAUCAGAUGCAGAGGUUUGUUGAUGUUCAUGAUUCUCUGAACACUCCACCUAGGGUAUUGCUUUGUUCAUUGCACGAUGGAAGCUUAAUAAUGCCUCUAUAUGAGCAGCCAUCUACCGUUAGAUCCAAAAGGCUUCAACUUCUGCCACCAGAGAUUUUCCAGAUACCAGCCAAUGAUGGGACCAUAUUAUAUGGGGCGUUAUACAAGCCCGAUGAAGAAAGAUUUGGACCUCCACCAUACAAAACAUUGAUCAGUGUGUACGGUGGGCCAACUGUUCAGCUUGUCUGUGACUCAUGGAUGAGUACAGUAGACAUGAGAGCUCAAUAUUUGCGUAGCAAGGGUAUCUUAGUAUGUAAGUUAGACAACAGAGGAACAGCUAGACGAGGACUGAGGUUUGAGAGUGCCCUCAAGUAUAACAUCGGCCGUAUUGAUUCCGAAGAUCAGGUCACAGGGGCUGAAUGGCUCAUACGAGAGGGGCUAGCGGAAGCUGGACGGAUUGGGUUAUAUGGGUGGAGUUACGGAGGGUACCUUUCAGCUAUGGCCAUGGCUAGGUUUCCAGACACUUUCAGGUGUGCGGUGUCAGGUGCUCCUGUUACAGCUUGGGAUGGUUACGAUACUUUUUAUACUGAGAAGUACAUGGGAUUGCCUUCUGAGAAUCCUUCAGGUUACGAGUAUAGCUCAGUGAUGCACCAUGUGCACAAGAUGAGAGGGAGGUUGUUACUUGUUCAUGGCAUGAUAGAUGAAAAUGUGCAUUUCCGACACACGGCAAGGCUUAUAAAUGCAUUUGUAGCAGCUGGAAAACCAUAUGACCUUCUAAUUUUUCCAGAUGAGAGACACAUGCCACGCCGGUUGAGGGACCGGAUUUACAUGGAGGAGAGGAUCUGGGAGUUUAUUGAGAAGAAUCUGUGAAUCUUUGGUUUAUACUUUGCAUUAUUUUUCCUUCUUAUGCACACUCAAAUUUAUUUACCUCUGCUGCUCUUGUAUGUACUAUCUAUCCACACAAACUAAAUGGGUGCUUGUUGGGACUGGGAGGGGGAGCUGGAUGUACCUCCUUCCCAUCACUAUCUUCCUCCUUUUGUUUUAUCCUUCAAAGAAAAAAAGAAAUAGAAGAAAAAUUAUUGACUUGGUA